AUGUCUACCUCUUUGUUUCCUGCUCCCGUUUCGCGAAGAAAGUUCCCUGUCGAAUUUAAAGCUGGUAAAAUGAUACGAGAGGGAACUAGCAAGUGGUUAAAGCCAGAUGAACGAAAGGGGCAAGGGGAAGAGCAAUUAAUGCAUUUUUAUUGGAAAGACAGAAAGACAAACACAGUAGAGGACGAUUUAAUUGUUUUUCGUGAAGAAGCCGAAUUUGUUCGUGUGAGUGAAUGUACAACUGGACGUGUAUAUUUACUCAACUUCAAAUCUUCAUCUCAGAAAUUGUUUUUCUGGAUGCAAGACGCAAAAGAUGAUAAAGAUGAGGAGCAUGCAGCAAAAAUAAAUAGAUUGAUAAAUGAUCCGCAAGGUGGACUAGCAGAGAGUAGACAAAGUGGUGGUGCUUUGGGAGGUACUUUUCGAAGUAUGGAUGAUAUAGCUGGAUUUAGUAAUAUGGAUCAAGAACAACUGUUACAAUUUCUACAAGGUCAUGGAGCUUUUGGUGGUCUUCCUAUUCCUUCAACUACUCCAGCUGAACCACAGUCUGCCACUGCACCAACAUCUGAAGCUGGCUCUGCCGCACCACAAACUUCCGAACAAUUAGGUGUAACACCGGAACAGUUGGGAAAUUUGAGAAAUAUCUUAUCAAAAAUACAAGUUCCAGAGGGAGGCCGUCAACCUGAUUUGAGUCUGGUAGAUGUGCUCACGCCCUCCGCAAUUAGUCCCCUUUUGAGUAACCCCGAGAUCGCUUCGGCAUUAUUUCCUCAUAUCCCACAGAAUCUAGAAAGAACUGAAGAUGAGCUUCGAGAAGUUAUACAAAGCCCUCAAUUUACACAGGCAUUACAAACAUUAAGUGUUGCUUUACAAUCAGGUCAAUUAGGACCGUUGCUGACAUCGUUGGGUUUAGAUGCAUCGGCUGGUAUUGGAGUUGAAGCAUUCCUCAGGGCCAUACAAGAGCAAGCCAAUAGGCAGCAAAAUAACGCUAAUAAUAACCAAGACACAACUGAAGAACAUGGUGGAGAUCGUAUGGAUGAAGAUUAA